CACCCUAUGUUGCCCAGGCUGGUCUUGAACCCUAGGGCUCAAGCGAUCCUCUCGCCUUGGCCUCCCAAAGGGCUGGGAUUACAGGCGUGAGCCACCGCUUCCGGCCAAAAGAGGGCUAUGGGGCACCCCCAGAACGCGAGAUCCCCCUCGUCUGUCAUCUUUACAGGGGAGGAAGUGGACUCCCAAUCCAGCCAUAGUCCAUUCGCCCCGGGUACAGUGACUGCGGGGCGGCCAGAACCAAAUGUGUCUCCUUCUGGCUUUUGCAUGGCAUCAAGCAACCAGCGCCAGGCCGCACAGCUGCCCUGGCUUUCGGCGAGGACUCGUGCGAGCGCGGUGCAAGCGGUUCCGGAGUCCCAUGGCGGGAGUUGAGGCAGCGGAUUCCGAGAGCGGGGUGGGGCUGAAUCGGGAGGGAGCCGGUGGAACGCACUGCGCAAACUGCGCCGGCGCCCGCACUCAGCUGUUGACUAAUCUUUCUUCCUGCUCACCCCUGAAAGUGGUCCAGGCGGCGGUCUCUUUUCUCUGCCUUUUUGUUUCCCUACGGCGAGUCGGCAUGAGGGUGAAUUUCCGUUUCCGGCAGUGUUCAAGCAGACUUAGGGAGUCGUAGUUGUGAGCAGGUUCGGUGCCACGGGCUGGGAUAGGCGGACGUGGGGUCCCUGGCUCUGGGGCACUGGGAAGAUCUCGAGUAGUGCGCGUGGGAAGGUCCUCCCCCGGUCCUCCGGGUCAUCUUUGCUCCCAAGGGGCAGCAUAUUUAGCAUCUGCCGGAGGUGUGCCCGGGGGUCGUUGGGAGAGUGACGGGAUGAAUCCCUGCAGAGAGCCGGGACUGGGAGGGAAGGUGUCGGGGAGACGGGGAAGGUGUCGUUUCCUGGCGACAUGGCCCCCGCAAGCGACUUAGACCUGAGCCGAAUCUGUUGACCCCAAAUUGUGCUUUUCCCACCGAGAAGAGAAGGGAGAGAAACAGUACAAGUUCGGCACUAAAACAUAGUAGAGAAGCAACAUAACCUCUGAAAUCACACAGCUAUUCAGUUUCAAAGCGUUCCUAGUGCCCAGCUCUCCUAACUCCCGGUUACCAACUUGUUGUUGGUAAAUAGCCACUAUGGAGACUGAGGACCAGAAGAAACACAGAAAGAAAAACAGUGGACCCAAAGCUGCAAAGAAAAAGAAGCGGCAUCUGUAGGAUCUCCAGCUAGGAGACAAAGAUGCCGGGAAGAGAAAUCCCAAAGCUUUUGCAGUUCAGUCUGCUGUGGGGAUGGCUCAAUCCUUUCACAGGGGUAGAAGAUUUUGCCAUGAGUGACAUCGGUUUCCUCCCAGACCCUUGCGCUCUUCCUGAACAACGAAAGAAUAAGAAGGAGCAGCUGGUUUAUGUGCCUUUUUCUGGAGUUGGGCGAGUGCUGUAUGACAAAGACGCUAUCUAUGUUGACCUUGGUGGCAGCCACGGUUUUCAGGCACAGCUUUGGAGUUUAACCCUUCUACCAAUCCAGAGGCAAGCACAAUAUACCAUGGGAACUGUCAAAGAGAUGGUGAGACAACAUUGUCUGUAUCUCUGUGUAUUAUCCUGUGGGACUUUGUUGAGGCUUCUUUGGACCAUUCUCUUCCUUUUCUCAAUAAAAGCUCAAAUAUCCCAACUUUCCAGCACCCAUCUUAUUUUUUCUUUGUACCUAUCCACAUGGUACAUAAGUGAAGGAACCAGGUGAGUACCUAAUUGUUUCCUUUGUUAAAGUAGGUAAAUCUCAGGACAGUUCAUAUUCAGAUAUUCGGGGAUUUCUUAUUUAAAAUCAGAAUGGAGGUUGCCAUGGGAGAGGCUGUAUGAUAUUCUUAAUGGGCUGCUGUAAGUCACUUUGAUAGAGGCUGCUUAGUUUCUUCUAACUGUAAUUUGAACACAGGAGGAGGAAAUAAAAGGAGGGUGCUUAAAAUAAUUGUGAAAGGUGUGAAACAUCACGGCCAGGACUGCAGAAAAAUGGUUGUGUGGGGGUAGGGGAUGGUUUGUCAAAGAACUUUACCCAUGAGGCUCUGAUUACUUUAAAAUUCUUACUUUAACACAAUAUGUGUCUCCAGAUUUAUUCUGGGGACUUAACAGACUUUAUUUACCUCCUUAUUCUACAAGAGAGGUGGGGAUUGGUUCAUGGUCAAAACUAUCAAAACAUGGAAUGUCAAUGUAGACUUUUAAUAUGUAAUAUAAAGAUUGCAGGUUAAAAAUGUCAGACCUUCCCUGUAAGAGUGUUCGUUGCUGUGGCUCCCCAUUUGUCCUUUCCCCUCCUGACAAUAGCAUCUUAUUGAAAGAUAAGAAAGUUAGAGUUUUGGCCGGGUAUGGUGGCUCACUCCUGCAAUCCCAGCACUUUGGGAAGCCGAGGUGGGCGGAUCACCUGAGGUCAGGAG